AUGCAGAAUUUCUCGUUUGACAUAGAUCAAGGCGACGGGCUGCCCUCCAACUUGCUUGGGGAGGGCCUGCCGCCGGGGAAUUCGAUGUCGCAGAAGCCGGGCGUGGCCACGGCGGCGCCUCCGGCGCAGGAGAAAGUGCCCGAGCACAUCCUCCACCAGCUCAUCCUCGAUUUGGCCAUACACGACAAGCGGGAAUACGCGCUCUCGGAGCUCUCCAAGCAGCGCGAACACUACCCCGACCUGCCGCUGCUGCUCUGGCACUCCUUCGGCACCGUGGCGACGCUGCUCUACGAGAUCGUCUCUGUCUACCACUACCUGUACCCGGUGAACCUCUCCAUGACAGACUCGACGAAGGCGUCGAACUCACUGACGUUGCUGCAAUGUAUCGCAUCGCACCCGGAAACGCGCCGUCUGUUCCUUUCGGCCCAUAUUCCGCUGUUUCUCUACCCCUUUCUGAACUCGACGUGCAAGAGCCGCCGUCUGGAGUACCUGAAGCUUACAUGCCUCGGCGUGAUCGGCGCCCUGGUGAAGAGCGAUGACGAGGAGGUCAUCUGCUUCUUGCUCGACACCGAGAUCAUCGCACUGUGCCUCCGCAUCAUGGAGACGGGCUCGGACAUUUCCAAGACGGUGGCCAUCUUCAUCGUGCAGAAGAUCAUGCUGGACGACCGUGGGCUCGCAUACGUCUGCGCCACCGCCGAGCGCUUCUACGCGGUGGCCGCGGUGCUAAACAGCAUGGUGAUGAGCCUGCUGGAGUCGCCGUCGCGCCGCAUCCUGAAGCACGUGGUGCGCUGCUACCUGCGGCUCUCGGAGAACCCGCGCGCGCGCGACAUGCUGCGCAAGUGCCUGCCCAAGCCGCUGCGCAAGAUCGACCCCGUCUUCUACCCCUGCCUCAAGGAGGAGCCGAUGCUCAAGAAGUGGCUGCUGCAGCUCAUAUGCGACACGGAGCCCGCGCAGGAGCCCUCGUCGCCGCAGCAGUGA